AAAUUUCGCACUUCGCGUUGCAUGCGAGAAAAAAGGAAGGAAAUAUUUUUGCUAUUUUCAUCCCACACAUGUUGACAAUUGCAUAUAAGAGUUCGCGUUGGUGCGAGUCAACUCGCUGAUAUCUCUAUCCUAAUCCAUUUGCUCUUGUUGUCUUGUUGUCUUUGACCCGUUUUUGUUUUCUUCUCUUUUCAAUUACCAAAGCAAAUGUCAAAUCAUAUCAGCUCACUCUAAUGUGAACGCUCGAGGUGAUAUCCGAUAUCAUCUGGCGAUAUCAGGUGAUAUCCGGCGUAGUCUGAACAAGGCAUUACAUAGAAAAAUUUUCGGCUUGAAUAGAAAAGCACUGAAAGCACUAUUGGAAGCUGAAGAAAAAGCGCAACAAGAAGAAGUACUUGAAGUACUAAGAAAGCAACAAGAUGAAGCCCUAAAGAAGAAACAAAACGUGCUUAUUGCAAUUAAAGAAGAGAAGGAACGCAAAAGGGAAGAAUUCGUAAAAAGUAAAAUGAUACAGCUUAAGAUCAACAACUGCGACGAAAUCCGCACCUACAUCCAGCAAAAAUGUCACGAAGAUACAAAACGUUGUCAGUUAGCACAAAUAGAGGAUAAACAGAAACUUGAACAAUCAAAGCGAGAGGAAGAUAGACUGUGGCAAGAAGUUCACCUAACAAGCUAUAAGGCAAAGCUCGACCGUGAGUUAGAUGUAAAGCAAAAGCGGAAUAUUAUGGAACGAAGUACAUUUCUUGACAUUCAACAGCAAAUAAAAGAUCACUCUCUUAAAAUGACCGAAGACAAAAAAAAGCAGCAGCAAGCAUAUUGCACGUCUUUGCCAUUUCCUGAUCAUGAUGAAAAGCUUGUACAAAUUAAGAAAACAGAUCUCGCCGAAAUACUUCGAAAUCAGAUAGCUUGUAAAAAAAGUCUACAGAUGAAGCAACAAGCGAAGGAACAAGAGGUAGUUAAAGUGUUGAAUGAAGGAAUGCAGCGAGAGUUGGACCGGGAAAAGGCAGCACUUGAGGCAGAGAAACAAGUUUUGAAAAAGCAGAUCGAUCAGUAUUAUAAUUAUUCCAAAGGGAUCAAUAAGCAACGUCAGAUCGAAGAAAAUAAAAUGGAUAAGUUAAUUCAAGAUGCUCGCCAACAUUACGACGAUGUUGCACGAAACAACUGCAAACAGGUUAUGAGAAAACGACAAGGCCUCGCCGAUAAAGUGUAUAAUACUCAACAAAAGCAGAUAGCGGCAAUGAACUAUCAACGUCGUCUUCAACGCGAAGAAAAAUUGCAGGAAGGUGUUAAAGAACGAGAGAUUUACGAACAGCAUUUACGGGCAACUAUCGAGGCUGAGCACAGAGCACAACUGGCUGCCAAAGAAUAUCGUGAACUCUUGAAAGAACAAAUGAAGUCUGGAGCAUUAGAACAGCAACGUCGAAAACAUCAUGACCAAAUGCAAACAAACAGAUUGGUUGAUACUGCUGCUCAAGAGUUGAAAUUUGUGGAAACAUUCGUCAAAGGAUCAUUUGAGAAUCAUAUAAAAAAACAUCCAAAUGUUUCUCUGUUGAAAAGCAAGUUUUAGAUUCUAUCCUAUCUUUUGAUUUAACAAUUUAAGCUUUUAGCAAUUAAGGUUUUUGAAAUGUUGGACGAGUGUUCGGUAAACUUUUUCUACGCUACAAAUUCCAAAUAUCAGAAAUAAUCCAAAUAUUUCAUAAUACAACACCUGACCAUUAAUAUAG